AUGGCUACUGUUCUGUUAUUGCCCGACCGAGGCCGACGAGGUAUAAAUCUACGGGUAUUUUAUCCGACAGGGACGUCGUUUGCGGGAAAGAGGGGCCGGAGUAUAUAUUUCCCCAUUAUGACAUACAAUUAAUUAGAAUAAACAUACAUUUGUUAAACCACAUUAUCAGACACGUUCUUUUAUUAAACUAAUGUGGAAUGGCAAAGCCGUAUUUGUGAGGGGGAGGGGGUACAGGGGGUCCGGACCCCCCUCCACGAAAUUUCUUCAGUAUUCUAGAAAUGUUUAAAAUAACUAUUUAUUUUUAAUACCAACGUAAAUAUUUUCAAUUAUAGAAUGACUUAAACUCCGAUUAAAUUCACCGCUGACUAAUAUGAAUCUCGUAACAUCAUAUGAAAAUAUUAUUACUGCGUCUAAUAAUAGAUUAUUAUCGAAAGACGCCGGUUCGCGCGCGGCGGUCGGUGACAAUAAACAACAGCGAUAUUAAUUUUGCGUACAUUAAAAACGUUACUUGAAUAAUAAUUAAUGUACCGCCGUCCGUCGUACCGUGACAAAUACGUCGAAACGUAUCAGAAUUAAAAAUUCAUUAUAACGAUUAAACGAGCGAAAAAAAAAUGUACCCAUUCAAUUAUUUUUCUAAACUUUCAAAGGUACGCGUUAUAUUGUUUUAAAUAUUAUGUACAUAAUGUAUUAAUCGAAACGUUAAUGCACAUUCACAUAAUACUUAAUUUUAGACCGACAAUGUUCCUAUCCCCCUACCACAAAUAGGCUCGCCGUCAUCAUCACGUAGUCAUUCACCCACAAAUUCGCAAACGAAUGAAAAUAAUACAUUGAAGUCGGACGCGGAGCGAAUAGUUGAAGACAACGAUAUUUGGCUACUAUUCAGGUAAAACCGUAUCUGAUGAAAUAAAAUUUAAAUUAUUGACUGAUCAUUGGUCACCAGAUGAAAAUUACAAAUUUAACACAUUUAAAUAAAAAAUUAAAGUUUCAACGUUUCAAAGGAUUAAACGUUUUCCUUGCGUUGUUUGUUCAAUAAUUGGUGAGCAAGGUGCAGUUUGUAAGUAUUGUGCGAUAUUUGGUCGCGCGUUUGAUGGCAAAGGCAGUCACCGGAAACUUAUUACAUUAGUUAUAAAACCUUUUAACAACUGGAAAAAAGCGAUUGAGAAAUUUAAUGAAUAUAGUCGAACUGAAUUUCGCAAAUCUAACGCUAUGCGCGCGAAUAAUUUUAUUGCCGUUUAUUCCGAAAACUGUCAAAAUAUAAUUCAAAAAUUAGAUUCCGGGCGUGCUAUUCAAAUUGAACAAAAUAGAAAAAGAUUUUACUUCUUAUUAUUCAAAUUAUUAUUCUUUGUGGGCGUCAAGAAAUAG